AUGUCGCCUGACCGAGGGUUUUCCUUCAAAGCUAUCCUGGCGCUUUCCGACGAUGAGCUGAUUGAUCUGCUGAAGAAACAUCAGGAAGAUAUCAAUGACACUGAUAUUCUCGUCAACGACCUGCCUGAUAUCGAUAGUAGUGAUGGACAAGAGAUGUGCAAGAGAGUCUUAACCGCCCAACAGCUGUUGCAAGCCAGGAAGACAACAAUGCCUCUUGAUGUUGGUAAGCUCGAUGAAAUCUUAGCCGCAAUUGGGGAGGUGGAUCGUACCGCUUGGUCCCAAUUGGCGGUGGAGCGUCCAACCUCUCCAAAUUCUAGAUCGGAUACAUCACACGAGACGCCAGAUGCCGUCGAAUCGGCCGUGGUGGCCGAGAAAGAGGCGUAUGAUAACCUGAUCAAAGACGGGGGCAGGCCUCUCUACCCGAUACAGAUGAUUGAACAGAUAUCCGGAAACCCACAACAAUAUCGCGAUUUGCUUCAACCGUUCUGGAAACAUCCUGAGCCACAUUCUUGUCGCGAUUGGGAGGUCUUUCAGAGGCAGUGGCGACAACGCCAGACGUUUCGCAACUGGCAGCUGCACAAUCGGGGCAUCAUAGUGGAGGAAGACUUUGAUGCUCAUGUGCAAGAGAGGAAAGAUUACCUGACAAAGUAUUACGGCGGCAGAGGUGUUGCUGAGAUCGAAGCCAAUCCCGAGUCUCUGAAGAAACCAGGGCGUUUGUGGGACCUUCGACAGAAAAGGAAGAACAAGGACCGAGGUUGCAUCAGAGAAUCGCGCUGCUCAAAUUUUGCGGAAUACCACGCAGCACUCAAGAAACGUCUGUCAGCUCAUGGGUUCAAAGAACAAGUUUCGCUGCAGCAAGAUCUCACGAGACAAGAUUCGCUGCAAGAGUGGUACGAAUACCUUGGCUUUGAAUGUUGGUGCCAAGACAAAUAUCUUCGUGAAUAUGAGCGGCAUAAGAUAGCUUGCGAUGAGAAGUGGAAGUAUAUCCAAUCUCAGAGUUGGGUGGCGAGCCAUGAAACUCCAGAGCAUUUAGGAAGCUGGGAUGGAAUAGAGGAGCGCUAUGCUAGGGUCAGCGAGGCACAGAAACAUGUCGACGAAGCAAAACUUCUAGUUGGAUGUGUACGGCAGCGGAUAGAUACAGGUGAUGCCAGUGUGAGCACCUCACGGCAGCUAGAUGAAGCUCUGGAAAAGCUGGCCCAAGCAGAGGCCGAGUACAAGGAUGCUGAUCACCGGAAUCAUACCAUCAACACUCUUGGGAACCACAUAUAUGCUUGCGAAGAAGCGAAAGCCGCUGUUGACUCGCAGCCAGCCCUGAUCCAGUGGAUUCUUGACCAAUUUCCACUCAUCAAGUCUGAAAUGGAAGCGAAAGCGACUGGCGGUGUUGCAGCACUCAGCAACACCAAGAAGCGUGCGCGGGCUGACGAGACAGAUGCCGAAGAGAAGGGACGCCCUAUAAAGCGAAAAGCGAAAGAGAAAGAGGAGGAAAAUGUGAAAGUAUCAAAGGAGCCAUCGCUCAUUCCCCAAAACAGGCGUGGAAGCCGGAGCGGCCAAGACUCUGCUGCCGUCGCUCAACCACGCCGAAGUGCUCGCAUUGCGGCCCAGCAGAAGAAAGUAGCAGGUACUAUUCCGGAGCAGAAGGAGUCCACGAAAAAAGCACUACAGACUGAAAAGAGGGGAAAGAAGGAAGAAAGGAAGGACAACAGUACCCAGGUCGAGGCUGGAUCUGGUAGGGAAAGCCGCGGUAGAAGGAAGCGCGCCAAGCCGGCGCUGGGAUAG